AUGAAUUCACCUCCUUAUAACCCAACCUCUAAUGGGUUAGCUGAAAGAGGUGUUCAGACCAUAAAAAAAUACUUAUUAAAGAAUGUUGUGGCUGGGUGUCCACCGGGGAAAGAAGCAAUGAAGGAUAAAUUAUUAGGGUGCCUAUCUAAUUACCGUAAUACACCUUGUACAACUACACAGGUUGCUCCAGCAGAACUUAUGUUUAAAUUUAGACCUAGGACCCAGUUAUCUUGGUUAAUUCCUAAGAGUAAAGUGCAGUUAGAUUUAAAUACACCUGUCACCAGGGAAUUUAGUAUUGAUGAUAAAGUCUUGAUUAAGAAGAACUUCAUUAAUAAAAAGGGUUAUACUUGGGAGUUGGGUAGAGUAACAAAAAAAAUUGGGUCAGUAGUUUAUUUGGUUAAAGUUAAUGAAAAAAUAAGGAAAGUGCAUCUUAAUCAAAUGAGAAAGAGUUAUUUAGCUGAUCAUCUCCAUUCACCUAAGUCUUUAUCGGUUUGUGAAGAUCUUAGUUUCAGUAACUUGGGCUCACAUUCCAAUAAUACAACAAACAUUAAUGAUACAUUAGGUACAGAGUUGACAACACGCCGAUAUCCAGAGAGAGAGAGCGUAAGGCACCUGAUAGGUAUCAACCUUAGGCAUUAA